CCAUAAACAAACAAUUUACAACUAAAAUGUCCGCUCUAUUGUGUUUUGUAAUCACAUUUUUGGCAUUAACCGUCGCAUUGGCCAAUGGCAACAGUGCCAAGAUACCAGAGUUUAUCAAGAGCAUGAAAUGUUCCGACUGUAGCAUGAACAAGGAUUGCGCCAUUAAAUCCACGGGAUUCUAUUGUCCACGCGACGUGGACAGAGUCGAGAUUCACUACAAUCCGGAUGGUAAUAUAUCGACGGGCCUGGGAUAUUUGGCCAACUGCAUGGCCCAGCACUAUUAUUUUUACAAUAAAAAGUCCAUUUCACACGUUUGCUGCUUCUGGUCGCCCCUUAUUGGCUGUCGGCAAGUCAGGAACUUAGAGGCACAAAGCGCGCCAUGCGGUACAUGCGCCAAUUGGAAUUGGAGUCCCAACGAUCACCAUGUGGGCUGUCCCUGCCAAGAAAAAGAAGAUACCAAGAGGAAAAAGAAAAAGGGCAAGAACAGCAGCACAAAACUCACGCAUUCUGGCAUCGUUCCUACGAUUUUCCUUCAUUUCGUGCAGCAAAUGAUUUGCCAGCAACUUUUAUUAAAGCAAUAA